AUGGCAGAAGCUAUUGGUGUGGCUUCUGGGCUGUUGGCUUUGGCCACUUUCGCCUUUGAUUCUAGCAUUUCGCUUUACGAGAUGGUUAAAAGCUUCCAAUAUCAUCCUAUGCAAGUACGCGAUUUGCUAGAAGAACUAGAAGCUUUAAUAACAGUAUUGGGACCGCUCACUGAGAUUGUUCAAAGUACAACUCAAGAUCUUACUAUACUCGAUCUUCCUCUGAAAAGAUGUGGAUGUGCUUGUAAAGAGUUUCAACUGGAAAUAACAAAAUAUCUAUCUCACUCUGGUAAAAACCGAUUAAGUUUUCGCGACUGGGCGAAAAUGAGAUAUAUGAGAGAUGAUAUUGAUGGGUUUCGACGACUACUUGCCGGAUACAAACUGACUAUUAGUAUCGCCCUUACGGAUGCUAAUCUUCGCAAGUCUUCUGUCACUGCCGAAGCCCUUGCAGCCCACAAAGACCUGAUCGAAACUGCAAGGGACGACCUCGAAGCUCUCCUUGGAAAAAUUGAUGAGAAGCUUGACUGUAUACUUGGACAAGCAGUGACUAAGUCAGACUCGGAUAUUUUAGACCUGCACCAGAUUCAAGAAGAGCGUUUAAGUACAGAGAAAUGUUUGCAAUUAUGCUUACACCUGUCACAGCAUAUCGCUCAGAUUCCGCUUAGUUCCCAAGAUAGUAACAGUUCUAAAUAUCUCGACUCAAACAAUUUGUCUGAAACAAUCACAAAAGAAAGCUUAGCUGUAACAGCUGCAAGAUUGGAAAAGCAUAUGCAAGAUAUCAUAGAUCGUCUAUUAAUCUCAUCAAAAAAGGAUCCAGGAUCUCAAGACGAUCUAGCAGAUUUGACUAGAUUACGUGAUGAGUGGGAGACAACUCGGCAAUGCAUAGAUGUCUGUUUAAAAGCAGAUAACUAUUUGAAGGAGAACAGUACUGUUACUAAGAACUAUGGCACUGAUGAUGCUCUGCAAUUUAUGGUUUCUACAAAUGGAAAGAUCUUACAUGGUAAAAAGCAGGGUUUCGGGUGGAGGACCAGGCAGAUUGGAGGCUAUCUUAAUGAUGCCUCGCUGCAACAACUGUGCCAGGAUAUGACUAGUCGUCACCUCAGUGUGGCUGAGAAAGAAGGCUCGUUAACUCAAGAUGAUCCUAAAUUUACCACUCCCGGUCAGAAACAGGCCGUACCGGCGGAAUAA